AUGGAUGUUGCUCACAUUUUACUUGGUCGACUGUGGCUUUAUGACCACAAUGUUAUCAAUCAUGGUCGUGAGAAUACCUAUACAUUUAAGCAUGGAGAAAAACAGUUUGUACAAGAAAGCAGAGAGAGUACGAUCGUGUUUAUUUUGGUAUCCAAGAUCUCGCAACGAAUUGCUACUACUUCAGAAAUGCCAGAGGAAGUGCAACAGCUCUUACAACAAUUUCAGGAUAUCACGCUCGAUGAGCUUCCAUUUGAAUUACCACCAAUGAGAGAGAUCCAACAUGCAAUUGAUUUCAUUCUAGUACCUGCUCUUUUAACCCCAAAGAAAGACGGCUCUUGGAGAAUGUGUGUAGACAGCAGAGCCAUCAACAAGAUCACCAUCAAAUAUAGGUUUCCUAUUCCUAGACUUGAUGACAUGCUUGAUUUAGUGUCUGGAUCUAGUUGGUUUUCAAAUAUUGACCUCAGAAGUGGUUAUCAUCAGAUCAGGAUUAAGCUUGGAGAUGAGUGGAAGACUGCUUUUAAAAUGCAAGAUGGGUUGUUUGAAUGGCUUGUCAUGCCUUUUGGGUUAUCAAAUGCCCCAAGUUUCAUAGUUUCUGAAAGGGGUCUAGCAGCUGACCCUGAGAAAGUCCAAGCCAUUCAAGAAUGGCCUGAGCCACAAUCUCUCCAUGAAGUACAGAGUUUUCAUGGCCUUACUUCUUUCUAUAGACGCUUCAUUAGAAACUUCAGUACCAUUAUGGCUCCUAUCACUGAUUACUUAAAACAAGACAAGUUUCAGUGGACAUCUACAGCUUCCAUAGCUUUCCAAGAUAUUAAGAAAAGACUUUCUCAAGCUCCAGUCUUGUCUUUACCGGAUUUUACAAAGUAUUUUGAAGUUGCUUGUGAUGCAUUUGGAACAGGAAUUGGAGGUGUACUAAGCCAAGAAGGUCACCCUGUGGCUUUUUUUAGCGAAAAGCUCAAUGAUGCAAAACAAAAGUACUCCACUUAUGAUAAGAAAUUUUAUGCGAUUGGAUUCACUUUUGUGGUCAAGCAUCGUUUAGGAACAGAAAAUAUAGUGGCUGAUGCCCUGAGCCGUCGGAUCAACUUGUUGCACAUUAUGAGCGUUAGUGUUGUUGGUUUUGAAAACUUGAAGGAAGACUAUGCUUCAUGUCCAGAUUUUAGGAUAAUAUACCAAGAAGUUCGCAGUGGUUUAGCUGGUCAUUUCGGGGUUAAUAAGAUAAUGGCAUUAGUCGAAGAUAGGUUCUACUGGCCUUCACUCAAGCAUGAUAUGGCUCGCAUAGUGUCUCAAUGUCGAAAUUGUCAAACUUCUAAAGCCAGGCGACAGAAUACCGCUAGAGGUCAUGACUCUGUAUUAGUUGUUGUGGACAGGUUUUCAAAAAUAGCUCACUUUAUUCCUUGUAGCAAAACUACGGAUGCUUCACAUCUGGCAAAGUUGUUCUUCAAGGAGAUUGUACGUCUGCAUGGGUUACUUACCACUAUUGUAUCUGAUAGAGAUGUCAAGUUUGUUAGCUACUUUUGGAAGACCCUAUGGAAACUUUUUGGUACCCAAUUAAAGUUCUCUUCUGCUUUUCACCCUCAAACUGAUGGGCAAACUGAAGUCACUAAUCACAGUUUGGGUAAUUUGCUUCGGAGUUUAGUUGGAGACAGGCCAAAGAAUUAG